AUGCAUCAUCAAGUCCCGGAACGCAGAUAUACCGAACUUAUCUUUAGGUCAACGUUUGUGUCAUCAGGUCACUACGGGAGCCACUGGCUUGGAGAUAAUUUCGCGCGCUGGGCCGAUUUGCGAGCCUCCAUUAUUGGCGUGAUGGAAUUCAACAUGUUCGGUAUACCAUACACCGGCGCUGAUAUUUGUGGAUUUAUCGACAACACUAACGAAGAGCUGUGCUUGCGCUGGCAUCAGCUUGGAGCCUUUUAUCCGUUUUCCAGAAAUCACAAUAGCCAAGGCAAUAUCGAUCAAGAUCCGUCAGUAUGGCCAUCAGUCGCAAGAGCUGCGCGAGAGGCGCUUCUUUUCAGAUAUUAUUAUCUCCCAUACCUCUACAGGUAA